AAGAGCUAAACAUGAAUAAGACACAUUUCCUGAUGGUUCUGGGGCUAGCGCUGGUUUUUGAAGGUAGUCAGUGCCAGGAACGUGAAGUGUUUGUAGCUCAGGGUUCUGUCGCAGUGCUGCCAUGUGUAGACGAGACUUCUGCGAUCUCACAUCCUACUGCAGUCUACUGGAGCAGGAUAGUUGGAAAUGUGCUGAAGACGGUUUGGCGACGAGAUAAGAACGGGUUAGAGUUUCGUCCGGUUAGAGACUCACCACGGGCUAACUGCCCCAUCUCGAACUUCGGAAAGUCUGAUUACAGCCUUCACAUCACUGAAACAACAAUCGAAGAUGGAGGAAAGUAUGUCUGUGAAGUUGAAGGAAAGACUCAGAUGGUGAAGGUCAUCAAUCUCAGAGUUGUAAGAGCGUCAUUUUCUCCUGCCAUAGUGGUUGAAGGCUUAAUAACGGAGGCAAAGUGCGAUAUCAGUCCUGGGACACAUUUUGUAAGCAUUAACUGGAAACAAAAUGGCAUAUUCACAAGUAGAACCCGCCUCUCCGACGUGUCUCAAAGAGAUGCGGGACACUGGACCUGUCGGGUUGCAUACAACGGUGGGGUAGUAGAGGCAACCACAUCCCUACAGGUCAAAGGUAUCGCCGCCCCUCAGGAUGACUCUUCAGUGGUGUACGCUGCUGUGGGUUCUUCCGUCUCCUUGCCCUGUGUCUUUACUGAUGGUCUGAUCCCGUACACUGUGAUGUGGAGGAGAACCUCCACAACAUCAUACUCUAGUCUUCCUCUCCCUGCAUCUUUCAGCGAGUCUGCUGGGCCCUCAGCAUCAGCUACUAUACAGAGAGUGGAGGAUGGAGAUGAAGGGAUGUAUACAUGCUCAGGAAUGAUGAAGGGAUUGAAUAGAGGGAGAAUUAAAGUACAAAGAAGGAUGGAGCUAGUUGUGACUCGAGGUGAGUGGAAUAAUAUAUCACGAGAAGACUCAGAAUACUGUGCGAAUUUAACCCGCCUCUCCGACGUGUCUCAAAGAGAUGCGGGACACUGGACCUGUCGGGUUGCAUACAACGGUGGGGUAGUAGAGGCAACCACAUCCCUACAGGUCAAAGGUAUCGCCGCCCCUCAGGAUGACUCUUCAGUGGUGUACGCUGCUGUGGGUUCUUCCGUCUCCUUGCCCUGUGUCUUUACUGAUGGUCUGAUCCCGUACACUGUGAUGUGGAGGAGAACCUCCACAACAUCAUACUCUAGUCUUCCUCUCCCUGCAUCUUUCAGCGAGUCUGCUGGGCCCUCAGCAUCAGCUACUAUACAGAGAGUGGAGGAUGGAGAUGAAGGGAUGUAUACAUGCUCAGGAAUGAUGAAGGGAUUGAAUAGAGGGAGAAUUAAAGUACAAAGAAGGAUGGAGCUAGUUGUAACUCGAGUUUCGAGAUCCUCGUCAUCCAGCGGGAAUGGACCCGUGACCUUGACCUGCCAUCUCAGCAACUCCAGCCAGAUCACUUCUUAUGAAUGGCUCCGUGUGACUUACGGACCAAACGACACUCAAACAGUGACCUCUGUGCAAAAGACAAAGAGCUACAGGAUUCAAGAAGUGACUGAGAAAGAUGCUGGUGAAUGGGUGUGUCGCUUCUAUGGGAAGCAAGGCGUUCUGGGGAACGUGACUUAUCAAAUUCAUGUGAUGGGUGCUGUAAAGAGCGGAAAUUCAAGUUCUGGCAACAAAACUGCUAUGGUGAUGGGAUUAGGGUUUUUGUUCUUGGUGAUAUUCCUGAUUUUGUUCCAGAUGUACAGAAACUAUCGCCGGAAGAAAACGAUCCUUCUUUACCCUGCAAUGGAAACCAUCGUCCAUCAGGCUGCCACUGAACGAGAGCAGAGAGGGAGGAGCGGGGCAAAAAUGGCUGAAGCUUGUGUUGGUGAUCCGAAGCCAGUGUGUGUGUAAAUGUGUGUGUGUGUGUGUGUUUAUGCCAGAUGCCUAUGUGGAUGUGUGCUUUAAAUGCAAAUAAUUGU